AAUUUAAUUAUUUAUUCAUUAUUCGUAGAAAUUUAAGAGUUUAAAUGAUUUACAGGUGGAACAACGCGAUGUACCGGGCAUCGACUGUGCACACCUCGCCAUGGACACCGAGGAGGGUGUGGAGGUGGUUUGGAACGAGGUGCAGUUCUCUGAACGCAAGAACUUCAAGGCGCAAGAAGACAAAAUACAAAUGGUGUUCGACAAUCUCACACGGCUUGAGCACCCUAACAUUGUCAAGUUCCACAGAUACUGGACCGACACGCACAACGACAAACCCCGGGUAAUAUUUAUAACGGAAUACAUGUCAUGCGGUUCACUAAAGCAAUUCCUGAAACGCACCAAACGCAACGUAAAACGACUGCCCUUGCAGGCAUGGAAGCGGUGGUGCACACAGAUCUUAUCAGCUCUUAGCUAUCUUCAUGAAUGCGUCCCGCCCAUCGUCCACGGUAACCUGACCUGCGACACGAUCUUCAUCCAGCACAACGGGCUCGUUAAAAUCGGCUCCGUCGCACCCGACGCCAUUCACCACCACGUCAAGACCUGCCGCGAGAAUAUGCGCAACAUGCACCUUAUCGCACCAGAAUACGGAUUAUAUAGGACCUUUUCGGUGCGGAAAAAACAAGAGAUGCAUACCAGGAUCUUAGCAGGAGAAACAUCACUAUGUAUUUAUUCCAAUUUUGUUUCCCUCGAAAUAGCAUCUCAAAUGGUGACACCAGCGAUGGAUAUCUACUCGUUCGGAAUGUGCGCUCUGGAGACUGCCGCUCUUGAGAUUCAGGGGAACGGUGACUCGGGCAGCCACGUCACCGAGGAGCACAUCGUGCGUACUGUCGAAUCGUUGGAGGAGCCCAGGCAGAAGGACUUCAUAUACAGGUGCAUUAACAAAGACCCGGCGAAAAGGCCCACGGCGAGAGAGCUUCUGUUCCACCCGCUUCUCUUCGAGGUGCACUCCUUGAAACUGCUGGCGGCCCACACAUUGGUCAACACUACAGCGAACAUAUCGGAGACGAUAACAGAUGAAGUGGCCGGGGGCGGGCGCGACUCUCCUCUGGCGUGGUGUACGCGCAGCGGGGAGCGCGUGGAGGUGGCCGCUAAAGAUUUGCCGCCGCACGCCGAGAAACUGGAGAAGUUCGUCGAGGACGUCAAGUACGGCAUCUACCCGCUGACGGCGUACAGCCGCGCGGCGAGUGGCGCGCGCGCCGCGUCCCCCUGCCCCGCGCCCGCCGCCCCCGCCGCCUCGCCCCCCCCGCGCGACCACGAGACGCGCCGCGUCGUCAACAUGAUGUGCUCGCUGCAGCCGCACCACCACCUCGACCAGCCCGACCUGCUGAUGACGAUCCUCCUGCGCAUGGACGACAAGAUGAACCGGCAGCUGACGUGCGGCGUCACGCGCCGCGACACCGCGCCCGCGCUCAGCCACGAGCUCGUGCAGCUCGGGUUCAUACACGAGGCGGACCGCGACAAGCUGUGCCGGCUGAUCGACGACACGCUGCGCGGCGGCCCGCCCCCCGCGCCCCUCCCCGCGCCGCCCCCCGCGCAGCACGUGGCCAGCUAG